GGGUCUGCUGGUUUGCGGCCUGUUGCGGUCCCUGCAUCCCUCCGGCGGCGCGCAGGGAGGAGCUGGGAAGCCGGAGAAGAUGAGCGACGCGGCGCAGCUUCCAGGCGGUGAUCGGCAGCGCCCCGAAGACUAAUGCAGAAAAUCAACAAGAACGUGGUUCUGGCGCUCCUCUCUUUGACCAGCCUGGUUUUCCUUCUCUUCCAGUUGUACUAUUACAAGUUCUACCUGUCGCAGAAGAAUGGAGCAGUGUUUUCCAAAGUCAGAGGAAGCCUGUCAGGCCAAGACAGCACUAGAUGGCACGUGGUUAGGAAGUUCCUAGGCUUAAUAUCCAGUCACAAUAUACCAGUGUAUUUGAUCGAUCCUUUGAUUCUGGGACUGGUUGAUAAAGAUAUUGAACAGAUCAGAAGUUCUCCUGAUGGCCCUAGUCCAGAAUGCAAGUACUUUUGUGCUCCAAGAGACUUUACUACAUUUGCACUGCUGGACAAAACAUGGAAACAUGAAGUGGGCCUUUUUAGAACUGCUGAGAAAAUGGGAUUCCAAUGGCUAAAAAUUAUAAACAAGGACCCCCGCUUGGAUGGGAUGGAUGACCUGUCUGGGACUGAAAUUCCUUUACACUACAUAUUUAAACUGGCAUCUCAUGCCAUUCAUCUGGUGGUCUUCUAUGAGAGGAGUGGUAAUUAUCUCUGGCAUGGCCCUCUGAGACUCAAGCAACAUAUGGACAGAAAGUUUGUGCCUUUCCGGAAACUCCACUUUGGUCGCUACCCUGGAGCAUAUGAAAAGCCAGAACUUCUGCUUGUUUCCAUUGAUGACUUAAAAGUUCAAAUUCCCAAAAACCCAUCCAGUUUUCUAGAGGAGAUGUCACACUCUAGAUUUCUUGAAUGUAGGUACAGAGAAGCUCGGGCUUUCUUUCAGUUGUAUCCUGAUGAUGCCUCGCUUGAUGCAGUGGAGUUCAGAAAGAAAGCAAAAUCUUUGCUCCAUCUGGCUGCCCUGACGCUGAAUAAAUUAGGGGUAAAGUUCUGGCUGAGCAGUGGAACAUGCCUUGGUUGGUUUAGACAGUGCAAUGUCAUUCCGCACAGCAGAGAUGUGGAUUUGGGAAUCUUUAUAAGAGACUACAAAACAGAUAUCAUUCCAGCCUUUCAGAAAGCAGGCUUACCACUGAAGCACAAAUUUGGCAAGGUAGAAGACAGCUUAGAACUGUCUUUCCAGGGAGAUGCUGACGUGAAACUUGAUAUUUUUUUCUUCUAUGAAGAGGAUGACCACAUAUGGAAUGGAGGAACUCAGGCCAAAUCGGGCAAGAAAUUUAAGUAUCUCUUUCCAAAGUUUACUCUGUGUUGGACUGAAUUUGUAGAACUCAGGGUACAUGUGCCCUGUGAAACCCUUCAGUAUAUUGAAGCCAACUAUGGCCCAGACUGGAAGGUUCCUGUGAAGACAUGGGACUGGAAGAGCUCACCAUCCAACGUACAGUACAACGGUAUCUGGCCUGUUGAUGAAUGGGAUGACGUCAUUCAGAUCUACUGACCACCUGACUAUCCUUGGAACCAUCAGUUUGUAAUUUCCCAUUUCCCAAAGGCAUCAAGUUCUGUUCCUUUUGUAACUUCUCAUCUGUUUCCUAAGGAGACAUUUACCUUUUUUUUUUUUUUAAACAGGCAUCUUUUUCACCUUCAGCAUGCAUUUUCCACAAAAAGAUUGAAGGCAACUGAAAGAAAGAGGAUCAGAAAGAAAAACUGCCCAAAGGGAAUAGAGAGCAAUGUUGCAGUAAAUUUAUGGGCUGUUUAACUGACUAUUUAAUUGACAUUUAAUUCACUAUUUAAUUGUAAACAGUGGCAAGGUGGCUUAGACUUUCCUUGAUCAUCAAAACCAUGGGACUCUUCACUUCUCAAGCUUAAUAGAGGGAUAGGAUGGAAGAAUAACAGAAGUUCCUUUCUUUCAGAGGAGAUCCACUGAAUAUUCAACUUCAAAACACCAGAGUUAUGAGUACCUCAGAUGUGCUUGAUUUAAGACUGAUACAUUCCUAUGAUACACAGCAGUUUGCUCUUGUCAGUUGAAUGUUUCUAUUACACAGAACCCAUGUGGUUCACCUGCUUUAAUGUAGGAGGUAUUGGGUAAUGGUGUAUGAAUGGAAGGAGAAAUUAUCCACAUUGGGCAUAUUCCAAAUAAUAGCUGUUUUUUUGUUUGUUUUGUUUUGUUGGGUUUUUUUUUUGUGUGUGAACUAUUGCAUGCAGUUAUGACAGGGAAUGUUAUUUACCUUUUUUUUUUUUCUUUUUAAGGGCAUGAAGGUGUAGGCUGCAGGUAUGUCUUCUCAUGAAAAAAAUUAUAUUCUGGGUUUAGUGUCCCAAUUAGUGUGUUCUCCCUGUAGUGGUUUUGACUGGGUUUUAGAGAAUUGCAACUAUCUCUGAUUUCGUACAAGCAGAUGGAAAUGGGGUAUUCAUUGUUUUCUGUUUAACAUGGGCCCACAGAACAGAGAUGUUGGAGAACUGCAGCUCUUUAAGCAGAAGUGUGUAAAGAUGCCAACUGUUCCAUCAAAUUUGCAGUAGCACAAUUUCACUAACACUCUACUUGAAACAUUAGGCUUUGGAUGGGAAGAAAGUGCCUGAUAACUCUUCUGCUUGUGCUUUUGGUGAAUGAAAUAAGCUUGCUACUUAAGCAUUUUUGAGUGAGAUUAUAGCUUUCAUAUGAGCAUGUGUGUCCCAAGUUUGUUUUGGUCCUGCUGUGUGGGGAAAACAAGGGCACUAGAGCUGCUAGUGAAUUAUGACUGUAAUAUACAGUACAAACCCAGGAGUACUUGUGAAUCAAGGUACUGAAUGGAGCUUACACUUACUUGCACCAAACUUGUAUCCAUUCUGUCCUUGUUAAAUCAGAAAGGUAUUGUCUGUGGGUUGCAACUUUUCCACCUUUCAUUGGGAAGAGAUAGGUUGAGUCUGUGUUUUGUGUUCUGUUGAUCUGCAGUUCUCUGCUGUGUAUUCAAAUGUGUACAGUUGUGGAGAGAUGAAAUAGCUACUGCUGUGCAGCUGUUUCACUGUUGUAUUGUUCCAGCUGCAGUCUGGGCUUCCCUGCUGUUUUCAUCCUGGAGUGUGCAGCAUGCUUUCUCCUGCCAGCGCUCUCAGUUCCAGCAGUCAGGAGGCUCAGUGCCACUGAAGCACUGGAGUAAAUUAUUCAGCUUCUGGCAACAACUUGUCAUGUUGGCUCUUCAGUUGGUAUGGUAACUUUGUUAGCUUUUGUCUAAUUGAGAAGGGAGAGAUGUAAAAUCCUGCUAAUGCCAUUUACUCAGUAAAGCACACUUUAUAUCAGAAGGGAUAAUUUCUCAGAAGUUGUUGUAGUUUUUCCCUUAAAAUGAAAAAACAACGUCCAUACAUUUCUUUUUGUGUUCAGAACUCUGUUUUCACCAACUUUUGUUUAAUAAUGUACAAUAAGCUUAUGAAUUUUUCAAAUGUAAUAUAUGUUUAAGAGUGGAAAAAGAAGAUACUAUCAGAAAAUUAUAAGCCUGUUAAUUUUUUUACUUUUUAGAUGGAAAGACUAAUGGAAAAAAAUGCAUAUCGCUGAAAGGGGGGAUGUCUUAAGCAGCUAAGUUAUGUAAGUUAACCUACAUACCUGUAAGUUAUUCUUCAGGUUAAAAUACUUCCUCUUCACAAGACACUGAUUAAAAGGAGAGUCUAAUUUGCAAAUCAG